AUGAUGCCUCAGAAGCCACCAUUUAGACUUUUGGCUUUGGGCGAUCCUCAGCUCGAAGGCGAUUCCUCGAUACGAGACAUUGAUUCGGUCAAUCUGCCCAAUCUGAAGAAAUUAUUUCAAGAUUCUGGAAUUACUAGUGAUUUCUGGCUCGAUGAUCUUCCCAAGGCUUUCGAAGUUUAUCGCAAACGAUUUGAUCAUAUCGGUAAUGAUUAUUACCUGGGGCAUAUUUAUCGCGCAACACAUUGGUGGUUGGAUCCUACACAUGUUACGGUGCUCGGAGAUCUUGUCGGAAGUCAAUGGAUAGACGAUGAGGAAUUUGAGGAACGUGGACGAAGGUAUUGGAAUAGGGUGUUUAAACACGGAGAACGAAUUCCUGACGAGAUCAUGUCGCACCCAGCUUUCGAAUUUCAGGAUACAAUAAUACUUGGAGAUGACGCCGAUAUUUGGAAGAGGAGGAUUAUUAACGUAGCAGGCAAUCACGAUGUUGGGUAUGCUGGAGAUAUUUCACAAGAUCGAGUUGAUCGAUUUGAGCGUGUCUUUGGGAAAACGAAUUACGAAUUACGAUUUCAGCUUCCUGUCGACAAUAAUAUUUCGACUUCCACGGCUGAUAUUGAGGAAGCGGAGGGGAGAAAUAUUCCAGAAAUCAGGAUCAUGGUUCUUAACGACAUGAACCUCGAUACUCCCGUAUCCGACAAAAAUCUUCAAGACGAGUCCUAUCAAUUCCUUAACGAUUUAAUAAGUACGUCUCAUGAAGUCGAACGAUCUGCGCUUUUCACACUCGUCCUCACUCAUAUCCCGCUAUACAAAGACGAAGGGAUUUGUGUCGACGGUCCAUUCUUCGACUUUUUCGACGGAGAAUUCGAGAAUGGGGUCAAGGAACAGAACCAUCUUUCCCGCGAUGCCUCCAAGGGUAUGUUGGAAGGUGUGUUUGGCAUGAGCGGGAGUGCAGAAGUAGCCGGGCAAGGUUUGGGAAGACACGGUGUUGUUCUCACUGGCCAUGACCACGAAGGUUGUGAUAUUUAUCACCACAUCAACCAAAGCUCACCCGAAGAGGAACGAGAAUGGAAAUGCAACAGAUACCCAGAAGUCAAACAUCUCGUAAACCAGUCGGGUAUUCCCGGACUGCGCGAAAUCACAGUCAGGAGUGUGAUGGGAGAUUUUUCUGGAAAUGCAGGAUUGUUGAGUGUAUGGUUUGACAGAGAGAGUUGGGAAUGGAAAUUCGAAUUUGUGAAUUGCGGAUUGGGUACCCAGCAUAUUUGGUGGUUUGUGCAUAUUUUGGAUUUCAUCACAGUGAUUGUGGGCAUUGUCUAUAGUGUUUGGAGCGCAGUUAUGAAAGUUCGAUCGAUUUGGGGGUUUCAACGGAAUGGAAAGAGAGGUGGGAAGAAUGGGAAGAAGGUUACGUUUGAGAUGACACCAAAUGAUUUGGGAAGCCCAAGGGAGGAUUUGGUGAAUGUCAAUGGCAAUAUGGAGUUUAAAGGAGUUACCGAUGGGAGUUCGAGAUCAGAGAAGAAUGGAACGGGAGACUCGUUGCACAAUGCCCCAGAAAGAGCACCAAAAAGCACACUGGGGUAA